GUGUGGGGAUAUUGAUCUGUUCUGCUGGUUUUCGAUGAGGGUGUGUGGGGAUAUUGAUCCGUUCUGCUGGUUUUCAAUGAGGGUCUGGGAGGGUUACCGGUUCAGUCUGCCGUUCACUGAGUCACUCCCCGCGGUGCUUGCAGCCUCCGGUCGGCCUUCGGUCGCCUUAGGCCCCGGCCUCCGAGCUGUUCCCUCCCCAAAGGGCGGGGCCUCGAGCCAGGGCCGGACCUUCCCUUGAUCGCAGCCGGGAUGUGGGGCCUCGGUCGGUGGGUGUUGCUACCGGCAUGGCUUCGGCCUGCCCGGGCGGCGAUUCCUUGGGCUGCAGGCCGGGUGUGGGCCGCCGGAGGAACGGGACCGGCCGGCACCAAGGAGGCGGCUGCGGCGUUCGUGCUUCGGCAGAGGCAGAGCAAGGUGCCUGGGAGUCCAACCUGGAAGCCCACUGAGUCCAGCCAGUCUCCGGAGGUAUCCAUGGAGAUGAUCGACCACCUGGAGCGCCUGGCGCUUGUAGAUUUUCGGAAUCAGGAGGGUGUGCGAAGACUGGCAAGUGCCAUACAAUUUGCCAGCCAGCUGCAUGUUGUCGACACUGAGGAUGUGGAGCCCAUGUAUUCAGUACUGGAGGAUCGGCCUUUGUAUCUGCGUGCAGAUGAGGUCACAGAUGGUUACUGUACAGAGGCGGUCUUGAGCAAUGCAAGUCAAGUUGUAGAGGAAUACUUCGUGGCACCUCCAGGCAAUAUUCCACUUCCACGGAAAGAGGAGAGAGAUGACUGUCUUUAAUAUUCCAAAUGGCAAACACGGACUUGCUGCUUUACGGGAGAUACUGAAUUCAAAGCGAACAUUUCAUUUCAGCAAUCCACUAAAGACUGAAGUACAACAAAACUUUCAUUUGAAAGUAAGGACAGUGCCAUCAUUUUUGAAAUUUAUUUAAGUAUAUUUCUCUUGUGGAAAUGUAAUUUGCUAUGUCGUGGAGAGUUUACUAAGACAAAUGCAGAAAAGAAACAGCUCGUUCAUAGCAUUCCUGACUGAUCAAGCAAGCUGUAAUAUCACAACUUUGAGCAGGAUCUAGAUGCACACUAACACAAUAUGGAUAGAACACUCUGCAAUUACACGUUUAUUUCUGAGAUCUAAAUAAGGCCAGACGGUGUUCCUCAGUAAAAUGAAAGAUGGUGUGGCUUUUUUUUUU